UUCGGAGCAAAAGUACCUAUUUGAGCUUUUCCUGUUCCCUUUUAGAACUUACAAGACAAAUGCUUUCAUUGGGUUCUAGGGUUUUUCUGGUAAAGAAUAGCAAGGAGUCGAAUAUGAGGCCUAUAUUCGUGGGGAACUUUGGGUAUGGUACACGUCAAUCAGAACUGGAACGAUUGUUCUCCAAGUAUGGAAGGAUCGAGCGUGUUGACAUGAAAAAUGGUAUCCCUUUUGUUUUCUCUUUCGUAUUUUCUGUUGGUUUAGUUAGUUUUAUUAUUGUACUAUGCAUUCUUGAUGCUGAAAUGAAUAACAAAGAUGAUAGACACAGAUAUAUUGGAAAGAAAAAAAGAUCCUAAUGGCUUUAUUCGUGGAAUUAUAUUGCAAGUUAAAACCCAGUAGGUGGUUGUAUCUUCAGUUGUUCGAAUUACAUAAUUCUUUACUGUCAGUAGGUGUGUUUUUAAAUUUUUGUCAGUGCUGAUCUUCACGGAGCUAUUAAGGUUUGCUCUUUUAGCUACACGUAGCCUCUUCAAAUCGCGGCAAAGGAGUGGGUUGGUCCAGACCUGUAAAAAUAGUCUAAUUAUGAUGAUUUUUCUGUUUCCCACACGUAGCUGACCCCAAUUAGUUUGGGAUGAGCGCUGUCGGGUUUGUUGAUUAAUAUUUUUAUAUCAAUAAUAUCAUGUUGAUUUUCUCUUCUCAGCUUAUGACUACUGGCUUUUUUUCCGUUUUGGAUACUAUGAUGGUGAUUUUGUUGGUUAAAUAUAUUGCUUUGCUACUUAGCUAGUUUGUUUUAGCUAUGUAUGUGUGCACAUGACAUGGUAGGACAUGGCGGGGAGCCAAAUGUGAAAUUCAUUUGGAGAAGAUCUCCAUUUUAUGUGUUUGUUUUGGCGCAGGAAUGUCUCCCAAGGAAAAAGAGCUUCUAUCAUGGCUCGACACUUGCAAAAACUUCUAUUGCUAGGCCACCUAUCUGUCUUCCUGCUCUCCUUCUCAAUGAUGGAAUUGUUCUGCAUUUCUUUGACUGAUCUUCCGUCAUUCACCUACUUCACUGCCCAUGUUGCCAUUUUUCAAGAAUGGUUAUGAUGGGAUUUGUCUGUUCUUCAUGCCAUGCCUACCACUAGUGAUAAGCGGAUCAAUGAAUUCUUAUCAUGCCAUGCCUCCUUAUUCCGAAUCGUGCUGUGAAUUGGUGAAGCAUGCUUAGCAAUGACUCAGACUUGACAUCUUGGAUUUAAACAUUUAAUUAGCCUUCAUCAUCAUCAUGAUUUAGUUCAUGCAAGGCCUCUCUACCUCCUUACUUUCAUCAGGCCUUCACAUACUUGCAGAUGUUGUACUUUAUUUAAUUCCUAAAGGGGAUUAUAACUUUGAUUUAACUGAUGUACACUCUGCUUAUGAGAUUUUCAGACUUUCUUGUCAUGCUUUUCUUUGGCCUUAUAAUGGAGUCUUUACAACUACAUGGUUUGCGUUUGUCUACUUUGAGGAUGAGCGUGAUGCCGCAGAUGCCAUCCGUGAUCUUGACGACAUACCAUUUGGGUAUGACAAACGUUGGUUAUCAGUGGAAUGGGCUAAGGGUGAAUGCGGUAGACCUCAUGAUGGCUCCAAGGUUGCAGCAAACCAAAGACCUACAAAAAAUCUGUUUGUCAUUAAAUUUGACCCUAAUCGCACUAGGUUGCGUGACAUAGAAAGACAUUUUGAACUGUACGGAGAGGUCCUUAAUGUUCGCAUACGGCGGACUUUUGCAUUUGUGCAGUUUGAAAAUCAGGAAGAUGCCACAAAAGCCUUGGAGAGUACACACAUGAGUAAGAUCCUGAACAGAGUGGUUUCUGUAGAGUAUGCUUUGAGGGAUGAUGACAAGAGGGGGGACAGGUAUGGCAGCCCUAGAAGAGAUUAUGGCAGGCAUGGGGAUAGUCCAUAUCGAAGGUCACCAAGCCCAAUGUAUCAAAGGAGUCGACCUAGCCCUGAUUAUGGCCGUUCUCAUAGCCCUGCCUUCGACAAAUAUAAUGGUCUGUCAUAUGAUCGAUAUAGGAGUCCUGAGUAUGGAAGGUAUCACAGCAGGUCUCCCAUUCGGAGGUCAAGAACUUGAAGCGGUGAUUUACCGCCGCUCCUUUCUGGAUAAAUGCUUGCUGUGUAUUAAAUAUUAAUGUAAUGGAUUUAUUGCAUGUAUCGCUUAAACUUUAGAGAGUGUGGCAGCUGUUGGAAAACUUUUAUAUGGUGGAAUCACGGUCUCUGCAUAUUGAGACCACUUGGCACGAAUUCAUGACUGAUGAAAAGGAACAUAUGUAAGGAAACACUUAUUAGCUAUUGAGGUUUCAGCAGAUAUUGGAACCAACUAGCAUAUGCUCCAACUGCUGUUUGCUUCGUAUAUCCUGUUCUGCCUUUUCUUUUUCAUUUGAUUGUGACCGCAACCUUUAAUGGGUUGUGCAGCUUAGGAUUUACCUUAUAGUAAAAAUUUGUAGACUGCAGUGGGACGUAAAAAGUAUCUCUCCUAAUCUUUGUUA